ACCCCAUUCAGCAUCGUACAUUCCCGUGCCUUAGGACUUGCCUACCGUGUUUUGAUUCUGCAUCCUCCCGUUAAUGCUCGCAUGAGAGCCUAUUAUCUAAAGGUCCUCAAGUCAGCCAUGAAGAAUGAAGAGACUGGUUUCUAUCUGGCAUGGAAAUUUGUGCACAGUAUUAUAGAAAUACUUAAGGAAAAUGUCAGUUCAGAGUCUGACAGUUCUCAGACAGGGUCUGAUGAGGAGGAAACCACUACAAAAGUGGAACAUGCAUUCAGACUGUUCCAGUUCCUCGUGUCUUAUUCAAGGAGGAUUUGAAACACUGCAAUAACAGGGAGGCAGUUAAUGAGCUGCUGAGUUAAGCGGGUAUUUUGGGGGUCUUCAAGAACAUCUGUAGCAGUAACCACCCCUGUCGGCAACUGCUACAAUUUUGGGUAUCAAUGCAUUCAGCUUCCCGGGCCAUCAGGCACAGUUUAGGUCAACUUGUGUCCAUAUUGCUAGAGGUGACAUGGAGAUGUGACAGUUGCAGCAUAAUUCCAGUGACUCCAGUGACAGAGUCUGUUGUUGCCAUUGCUACUGAACUGUGUGUUCAUCUGAAAGAUUGUGAUCCCCAGGACUGUCUGCAGCUCCUCCAGGACCUUCCAUCACCUUGGCCCAGAAUGGUCAUCUGUUCUUUCAUCUUCCAGGACAUAGCACAUAUUAGCAACCAGGAAAUCACUCUUGGGGAUAUACUGGACUACAGUUAUGCAGUGGGUGUAAGUCAAGAGGCUGAGAACAAACAGUCAACACCUAUUAAACAGAAUUUGCUCCAUUGUAAAGAACAUUCAUCAUUUGUGUCCACAAAGUCUUGGUCAUCAGCUUCAUCUCGCAAGACACGCAAGACACGUUUCAGUGCUAAAAUCAUCAAUAAAAAAAACCCGUUGGGAGAAACACCCCUCAUUCGGGCUUGCAUUAAGAACAAUGUGGAUCGGAUGCUCGACCUUCUUGCUGUGCCUGGCAUUGACAUCAACCUGAGUGAUAACCUAGGUUGGACAGCCUUGCAUGAAGCAGCCAUACGUGGUUAUGAUGAAUGUGUGAAGAUGCUACUGACUUAUAACUGUAGCGAUAAUCUUGGGCAAAAAAACAGUCUUUACUCCUAUGUGAGGCGAGUUCGGCAUACCCACACCUUGAACACCCAUGCUAGGGGUGGAGAAGACAAAAGAACUCCAUUGCAUGAUGCAGUGCAGUACAACCAUUUCAGCACAGUCAAGUUACUUCUGGACUAUGGAGGUGCUGGCUUACUAAAACUUGAAACAAAAGAUGGUAAAACUCCCAGGGACUUUGCGAGUAAUAAUGAAAUGCGACACUUGUUGAGAUCUUACCAGGAAAAAUCUCCAAUCUCGAUUGCCCAAGGAGAUGAGAACUACCAGACUUAUAUUAAACUACCAAUUAUCAGUUGUGGUCUUAACAUCCCCAACAGGUUCUUCUCCAGCCAUGAUAGUCACAUGAACUUCAUUGUUACUUUUGCUAACUGCUUUAUGGAAGUGUCUGGCUCCAGGUUUAUUCAAAUUGCAAUAGAAAAAGAACUUUAUAAAGCCCAAAAGAGACGUCUAGCAGAAGAAAAAUGCUUGGAAUCAGACACCAGUAGUGCUGGUGAGGCCACAGCUGAUAACAGAACUCAAGGUUCCUCAUACAUUAGAACCAUUCCUUUGUUUUCUCAAAUUAAACCGCCUUCUGACUUGGAAAGUGCUCUCAUAAACAAAAUAUUCCAAUCGGUAAAAUUAAACAUACUGAUGUGUCAGGAGCAGAAGAAAAGACAACUUUCUGCUGAGGAAAAAUCAGAUUUCCUAGAAAGAUUACAGCUUUUAUUUUCAUGAGUUUUAUGAUUAAGGGCUUGUGUACCUGCUGUUUAUUUUAUAGAACCAUUAACUUCCUUCCAGUACAAUGUUUAGUUCAUAAAGAAUGAAUUAAUCAAGUAUAUUCUCAUCAAACUUUUUUGUGUGAAUUUUGUGAUUAAAACAGAAAUAAUAAUUUAUCCUCCUUACCAAUUUUCCUAUACAGGAGUACCUCACUAUUCGCAACCCUGCUUAUCCGCAAUUGGCAUUUUAACGUCCUAUUCAAUAUUUGCAAAGCAUUCCCUACUUAUUUGCAGGUGAAAAAUUAUGAUACCCUACUGUAAUAUUUCAAACUGGGUGGGCUAGACGCAGCUCUUAAGGUGGAGUGGAGACAUCAACCUGAGUCCCACACAGAUUUUAGGGAGUUUAAGGACUGGGUACUGGAGGUGUAUCCUUCAUCUUGGCCUUAGAGAUGAUGAGCAAAAUGCUUGCCAGACAAUUUCAAAUUUGGGGGUGGGGUGGGGGAUUAGAGGUCUCAUGCAAUGUCAGGUCACCCUUUGUCAGGGUGGGGGAUUAGAGGGUCUCAUGACCUGAAGAUAUCUUGAAUAAAGAUGAAAGUUAAGUACCAAAUAUAUUUAUGGAGGGACAGACCCUUGCAG